AGUCGUAGCAGUGACCAUGCUGGAUCCCUCACCCAGUGUGCCACAAGGGAACUCCCACAUCUGUUUCACUUUCCGUCAUUCUGUUCAUUGUCACACACAGGUCUCUGCUUUUUGGUUUAGGAAAUGAAGUACAGGUGUGACAAAGAGACCUAACUGCUUUUAGCUCUUUGUUUGGAAGGUGCUAUAGGAACCCAGGCUUGGUGGAGGAUGGGGAUACCAGGAAGGGCCUCGAAUUCCUGACCUUGUCACCAUCUUCCUUAAUGGACAGUGAACAAAUAACCUGGGUAUUCCUGAUAUUUAACUGCCCACCUAUUGGUAUACAUUAAGUUUUUAGUUUUUACUCUUAUAGUGAAGCAGUCCUGUACAAGCACAUGUCUUUGUGCAUAUGUACGAGUGCUUCUGUUGGGCAGUUGCCCGGAAGUGGAAAUGCUGGCUCAAAGUGAAGGCCUGUUUCUUGUUUUGGUGGAUGCUGCCAAAUUGUCCUCCCAGAGGAUUUCACCAAUCUAAACUCAUACCAGUGGUAUUUAAGAGCGCUUGCUUCCUUGAUCUUUACCAGCGCUUUUUAAUGUCCUUAUUUUCAUUUUUGUCACUCUGAUAGGUGAAAAGCAGUAUAUGAUUAUUUUAAUUUGCAUCCUUCUAGGUUGUGUUUCUGUAGAUCUGCCCUUGUCUGAUUUCUGCCUUCGAGGAAUUGCUCAAAGUUGCCAGUAACUUGAUGACAUUUUUUCAUAGUUUCUUGGGCUGAAUCUAUUUUCUGUCAACUGUCUGUGGUGUAAAAAAGGCAGGAAUUGUUUUACUUCAUAGAACUUUAGACAGGAGAUGAGUAAACAUGUGCACUCAAUCUGCUAUCCUGAAAAAUGUCUCUCAUAAAUUUUUUUCUUUACAAUAUUUUUAAUUUUUUUUCUCUUUAGCAUUAUAUUAUAAUCUCUACUCUGUCUUAUUACAUAGCAAUAUAAAUAGUAUAUAAUAUUCUAUGUAUUUAUACCUUAGUUAUCAUUAUAAAUUCUCUAUUGGUGAACUUUUGGGCUAUUUUCAGAAUUUUAUUGUUAUUAAAAACACUACUUCCAACAUCUAAGUAUAAAGGCUCUGGGCCCAGAUGGUUUUGCUGGUGGUUCUUUAUAAUUUCAGUGCUGUGACAGUGAUUCCUGAAUAUACAAAUAGGUAGGUAGCUGCCCAGGUGAUCUGUCUUAAACAUAACACUGAUAUCACCCAAUAACAAUAGCACAGAAAGCAAAAACUUGCACUCAGCUUCACUUAUGAAUGCAGAUGUGAAAAUCCUAAGUAAAAUACUCUCAAGUAGAAUUCACUGACUGGCCUUAACAGAUAAUGGCCAAAUGAGAUUUAUUUCAGAUGUGAAAGGAUGGCUCAAUAUUAAGAAAGGCAUUGAUAAAAUUUUAGUAGGUUCAGUGUGGAAAAAACUAUGGUUUUAUCCAUAGAUGUAAAAAUGUACUUAAACAGUAUUUCUAAUACAUUUUAAAAGGGGAAAAAAAUGAGAUAAUUCCUUUACAUGGUCGAGAGUGUCUACCUCAAACCAACUGCCAGCAUUGGAGGCUUUCUCAGCAGAAACAAGGACCAAAACAGGGCUGCUCUCUGCCACUUAGUGGUAUUUUAGAAGUUCUGGCCAAUGUAGUAAGGUCAGAAUUAAGGCUCUGAGGAUUAAAUGAGAUGAUAUUCCAACCUUCUUAGUAUGGUAUUUCUGAUACAAAUAAGGCACCCAAAUUGUAGAUUCCUUUGUUAUUCUUUUUAUUACCAGUAAGUCAUAUUCACAAAGGAAAGACAAAAUUGUCUCUUGCAUCUUAACACAUGUAUCCUGGUGCUUUUAUGAAUGUGGGUUCUUUCUCUUGGUCCCUGUGGCUGAAUCAUCCUAAUUAUAUACCCAGGCUAUACUUAGGUUCCUCUCAAGCCUUCUGUCACCAGUUACCUCUAACUGGCUGAGUGGUUUGGUUCAGUGAUGUUUUUGACGACCUUUCCAAGAGCUGUUCUUCUAAUCCUGGGAGUAUUCAGAGGUGUGAGCUCCAGACCGAGUGAAUAGUGAAGUCACCAGUGAGGAGAAGGGUUCAGGAAAACAAGCUCUGAAAGGACGGCACUGUUGUCUUGACCCUUGACUCCUUGUUCAGCGAAGCAUUGUGUACCCUCCGUGCCGUGCAUUUCUGUAGUAAAUAAUUGCUGUCCUUCAUCAGAAGUCAUAUGGAAGGAACCAGCUGGGCAUCUGGCGAGGGCCCAAUGUGAACUGUGUGGACAGCACUGGGUAUACACCUCUGCAUCAUGCUGCUCUGAAUGGCCAUAAGGAUGUGGUCGAGGUUCUUCUGCGGAAUGAUGCGCUGACCAACGUGGCUGACUGUAAAGGCUGUUACCCUCUGCACUUGGCAGCCUGGAAAGGAGAUGCCCAGAUAGUGCGGCUGCUCAUCCAUCAAGGGCCGUCACACACCAAAGUCAAUGAACAGAAUGCUCUUGAGAUCAAAGAACUCAAAAAGUACGGCCCCUUUGACACUUAUCUCAAUGCCAAGAACAAUGACAACGAGACAGCCCUACAUUGCGCGGCGCAGUAUGGCCACACGGAGGUGGUGAAGGUCCUCCUCGAGGAGCUCACCGACCCUACCAUGCGCAACAACAAGUUCGAGACCCCGCUGGACCUGGCGGCGCUCUACGGGAGGCUGGACGUGGUGAAGAUGCUCCUCAAUGCGCACCCCAACCUCCUGAGCUGCAACACCAAGAAGCACACCCCGCUGCACUUGGCGGCGAGGAAUGGCCACCGGGCUGUGGUCCAGGUCCUCCUGGACGCUGGCAUGGACAGCAACUAUCAGACGGAGAAAGGCAGUGCUUUGCAUGAGGCUGCUUUGUUUGGCAAGACCGAUGUGGUGCAAAUCCUGCUGGCUGCAGGAAUUGACGUCAACAUAAAAGACAACCGCGGCCUGACUGCCCUGGACACUGUCAGGGAGCUGCCUUCUCAGAAGAGCCAGCAGAUAGCAGCGCUUAUUGAAGAUCACAUGACUGGAAAAAGAAGCGUGAAAGAGGUAGAUAAAACCCCCACACUGCAGCCACCUCCUGUCUCCAGUGUGGACUCCACAUCCCAGAAGUCUCAGGGUGACGUGGAGAAGGCAGUGACUGAACUGAUCAUCGACUUUGACAUGAACACGGAAGAGGAGGGUCCCUACGAGGCGCUGUAUAACGCUGCCUCCUGCCAUUCGUUGGACAGCAUGGCCAGCGGGCGCUCGUCUGACCGGGACUCAGUGAACAGGGAGGCCGAGGCAGCCGGAGUGAAAGCUGCUGGAGUGAGGCCUAGGGAACGUCCACCGCCUCCAGCAAAACCGCCACCCGAUGAAGAGGAGGAAGACCGCAUAGAUAAGAAGUAUUUUCCCUUGACAGCUUCUGAGGUGUUGGCCAGGAGACCCUGGACUCCGGGGAGCGCAGCUGGGGACGAGGAGCAUCCUUACGAGCUGCUGCUGACGGCGGAAACAAAGAAACCGGUGUCCAUGGACGGAAAAACGAAAGACCGCAGGCGGAGCAGCGGCAGCCGGAGCCAGGACUCUGCGGAGGGCCAGGACGGGCAGGUCCCUGAGCAGUUCUCAGGUCUCCUCCACGGCUCCUCCCCCGUGUGCGAGGUGGGGCAGGACCCUUUCCAGCUGCUCUCAGCCCCUGGCCAGAGCCAUUCAGAAGGGUCCCCCGCACAGGGCGCCUGCCCCGGGGCCAGCAUGCAGCUGGAGGAGACGGGCGUGCCUGCUGCCGGGGCCUCCCCGGCCCGUGUGCUGGACCAGAGCAAGAGAGCGGGCUACCCCACGAGUCUGCCCACCACCCACCGCCAGACACAUCCCGAAACUCUGCCUCGCACGGCAUCAACGCGCCCUGGCGGUGCCGAGGAAGAAGGAGACCGGAGCGGGGCCAGAAGCCGAGCCCCUCCCACCAGCAGACCCAAAGCGGAGCUCAAACUCAGCCGCAGCUUGUCCAAGUCUGACUCUGAUCUGCUGACCUGCUCACCCACAGAGGACGCGACGAUGGGGAGCCGGAGCGAGUCCUUAUCCAACUGCAGCAUCGGCAAGAAGAGGCUGGAGAAGUCGCCUUCCUUUGCCUCGGAGUGGGAUGAGAUCGAGAAAAUCAUGAGCUCUAUCGGAGAAGGGAUCGACUUUUCUCAGGAACAGCGGAAGAUCUCAGGUUCGCGGCCGCUGGAGCAGAGCGUCGGGGAGUGGCUGGAGGCGGUGGGGCUGCAGCAGUAUGAGAGCAAGCUGCUCCUGAAUGGCUUUGACGAUGUCCGCUUCCUGGGGUCUAACGUGAUGGAAGAGCAAGACCUGCGGGAAAUUGGCAUCACUGACCCCCAGCACCGGCGGAAGCUGCUGCAGGCUGCACGGUCCCUGCCCAAGGUGAAGGCUCUGGGCUAUGAUGGGAGCAGCCCCCCCUCAGUGCCCUCCUGGCUGGACUCCCUGGGGCUGCAGGACUAUGUCCACUCCUUCCUGGCCAGUGGCUACAGCUCCAUCGACACUGUGAAGAACCUCUGGGAGCUCGAGCUUGUCAACGUCCUCAAGGUCCACCUGCUUGGCCAUCGCAAGCGGAUCAUCGCCUCCCUGGCAGACAGGCCCUAUGAGGAGCCGCCCCAGAAGCCCCCACGGUUCUCCCAGCUGAGGUGCCAAGACCUGCUCUCGCAGACAUCCUCGCCCCUGAGCCAGAACGACUCCUGCACCGUGAGGUCGGCUGACCUGCUGCUGCCCCCUGGGGACACAGGCAGGAGGCGGCAUGACAGCCUCCACGAGCCUGCAGUGCCCGCUCGGGCGGAACGCUUCCGGAUCCAGGAAGAGCAUCGAGAGGCCAAGCUGACCCUGCGGCCCCCCAGCCUGGCCGCCCCGUACGCCCCUGUGCAGAGUUGGCAACACCAGCCGGAGAAACUCAUCUUUGAGUCCUGCGGUUAUGAAGCCAACGUGAGUAGCUCUGCCCUCCCAGCCUGGCCAGUCUGCUGUGUGUGCCCCGCUGCCCAGGCCCAGUGCCCGCAGCUGCUGUUCCCAUCUCCUCAGCCGCUCCCGGCAGCUGGGGGAAGGGGGCCUCCUGGCCAGGAUGGAGGGAGGGAACCACCUGACCGCGGGCCCAGGUUGGCUGGGUGGCCCCUGUGUAAUCACACAGGACUUCUCAGCCACUGCUCGCUCCCUCAGUACCUGGGGUCCAUGUUGAUCAAAGAUCUGCGAGGGACGGAAUCCACGCAAGACGCCUGUGCCAAGAUGCGGAAAUCCACGGAGCACAUGAAGAAGGUCCCCACCAUCAUCCUGUCCAUCACGUACAAAGGGGUCAAGUUCAUCGAUGCCUCCAACAAGAAUGUCAUCGCAGAGCACGAGAUCCGGAACAUUUCCUGUGCGGCCCAGGACCCGGAGGACCUCUGUACCUUUGCCUACAUCACCAAGGACCUGCAGACCAGCCACCACUAUUGCCAUGUCUUCAGCACCGUGGAUGUGAACCUGACCUAUGAGAUCAUCCUGACGCUGGGACAGGCGUUCGAGGUGGCCUAUCAGCUGGCCCUGCAGGCCCAGAAGUCCAGGCCAGUGGGGGCUUCUGGCACUGAGAUGAUCGAGACAAAAUCUUCCAAACCGGUGCCCAAGCCCCGGGUCGGCACCAGGAAGUCAGCAGUGCCGCCGCCCCCCGACAGUCGCUGUUGUCACUGUCACACCUGCACCACCCACCGUCCCUACCUACCGCUGCCGUCUGUUAGUCCUGGAGUCAAGCUGGACCCACCCGACAUGGACGCGGAUGCCCAGUCCCACGCCAGCGUCUCCUGGGUGGUGGACCCCAAGCCAGACCCUAAGCGGAGCCUCAGCACCAAGUAUGAGACCACUAUCUUCUAAGCACCCGCCCCGUCUCCACUAGUCCCACGUGCCUUGCCGUCCAGUCUCUCUGCUGUUCUCAACUCUCCUUCCCGCUGCUGGCGCCAGGCGUCCCCGCGGGGACCUCUCCUUCCGGCAGCAGCUGUAGACACUGCACACUCAGCUCACACCUAACACCAUGGACACUGUGAUUCCCCCCUGGGCCAGGAAAGCUUGCGGGGGGGGGGGGGAGGUGCCUUUGAGGUGGGCGUCAGGAGGGCUCAGAGGGCGGGCGCUGUGGACCCUGGCGGGGGGGCGGGCAGUGUCGAGCAGCAGCCGCUCCCUCGGAUCGGGCCCUCCUUUCCCGUCUUCUGGGCCGAGCCCCGGCGGGGUCAUUGCCGAGAGCUACCUGCCUGCACCUUCCCGACACAACCAACCACUGUGACCACCUGGGCCCAGAGCCCCCCCUGCACUCGGCUCGCAGCUGCUGCAGCCCUGCCCCUCCUGCUCUAAGGUGCUGGCCUCCCCCGGAGCCCUGCGCUCAGCCAUGUGGCUUGACCAGGGUCAGACUGCUUUCUGGGAGGGUCCACAGUCUGCGCCAGGCCCGGGGCACACGCCCGACCUCACAGCCUGGGGCUUUGAGCACCUGAACACCCCAGGCUGCUCCCUCAGCAGGUGCUUGGGCCUGACAGGUAUCCCUCUGUCACGACUGGCAUGGCUCCUCGUGUCUCCGCUGGUGAGUCGCAGGCAGCCUCUGGAGUCUGGCUCACGGAAGAGGAAGGCCUUCCUUCGGGCCCAGCAAGGGGGAGGCUGGUGCCUGCGCACAGGGUGCCCCUUCUGCCCUCACAGAACGGGCACCUGGGCCAGCAACGUCCCUUGUCCUCCAGGGGACUCCCGACCCUUGUCCACAGGGCGGGGAUCAGAGACAGUCAGCUGGCCUCCGGUCCCUUCCCGAUCCGCCUCCCUCAGCCUCCAUCCUCUGCCAAGGGAGGCUUGUCGAUCACCUCAGAGCAGUUCAUUGGUGGGGGGGGGGCGUGGAGCUGAGCGUGGAGGAGGCGCCACCGUCCCUGGCGGGGGCGGCCAGCUCAGGCCCUGCGUUGUGGUGCACAGGACAGCCAGCACGUCAUAGCAGUCCCUGAGCGGUGAAGCCCAAGUUGACAAGCCAGGGUGGGGCCUUCCGCCUGUCCCUGUGCUUCCCCAGCAGAUGCGCUGAGCCACACAGGGGGCUUGGGGGAGGCCAUGAGGGACCUUCUGUUCUGCUUCUGUGUUUCCUUUCCGUUUCCUCGGCCUCGUGCGGUCCCUUUGGUUAACCCUUUCCUCCCCCCGUUGUGUUUGCUUCUGCCAAGCUGAGCCACUGAGGAACCAACUGUCCUGCAGACACAGACUCGGGGAGCACAGGCUCCCCCGCCACCGCCACCGUCUCACCUGCAGCUUUGAAGACCCAGGCCCGCCUCUGCCUGCAGGACCUCCUCUGGCCGCGUGGCCAGAACCUGCCACCGCCAGGCCUCGCAGAGGGAGCCCUGCCCUGGUUGUGGAGAAGUGCUCCAGGCCUCUAGCAGAUGAGACUGGGACUCUUGAGGGCCAAGAAGUGACUUGUCCAGAAAACAUUUUUUAACAGAAUCCUUUUUAUAAUGUAAACUUUUAACACUUGGCUCAAACCUCUAGGUUAAACUGCCCAUCUUUAGACAAUGGCCAAAGGAUAGCAGACCUGAGGCCAGCCUGGCCAGCCCCCUGUCCUCAGGCUGGGGCCUCUGCCUGGGCCGGCAGCUCUGAAGGGAAGGCGGGGGAACAACUGAGGGGGUUAGAAUCAGCUUUUCAGACCCAACCAAGUUAGAGGCUGCGCCUCAUGACCUGCACGGCCUCUCAUCCCCGGCCAGACUGCACACGGCUCUGCAGUGAGAACACAGCCAAGAGGCACCAGACCAGGGGUGCUCAGAGCUCUGCCUGGGGCUGCUUGGCCCCCAGGCUCUUUGGUGGCCUGAGAUGGAGUGGAGGCAGACAGGAGAAGCAGCAGCUUUGUCUGGGGCAUUAACAGGUAGGGCAGCUGAGACUGCCACCUGCCAUCAGGGCUUGUGAUUAGGACUCAGCUUUGAUUCUCCGAGUUGUUGCUUUGACUGUUGUCCUUUCAGCCGCUGGGCUCCUCCCUGGCUCCACGUGCAGAGGUUUGGUUCACCCCAUGCGGCCCUCAGGGCACGCUGUUGAGUGCUGGGCACACUGCCACGUGCGCUCUGCUGGCCGCUCCGCCUAGUGGCUUUGGUGGAGGGUUCCUCCUGGAGGUGGUGGACUGGGGGCUCCUUGCUCCCAUGCACUGGAGCCAGGGCACCUGCUCCUCCAGCUCCUUCCGGAGAGGAGCCGUCCCCCCUCGGACCCCGAGCAGACCCUGCUCUGCCGCACAACUCGGUCUGGGCCCGGGACCUGCAGCACUUCUCUCCCCCAGCGCGGGCAUGUGACCUGCAGGGAUUGCCUUGCUGGCCCGAGGCUGGCCCCGUGGCUUCCUCUCUGCCGAGCCGUCCACCCCGCAGGCCCCGGGAGGCACCCUGCCCCUCUCGGUACUAAACAAGGGCCUUCCCACCUGGAAGUCUGAUGUCAUGUCUGGCUGCUUCCAGGGCGCGGCGGCCUCACUGUGCAGGGUUCAGCCCUCUUCCCUCCAGGCUGUACGAGGAACCUGGCAGGGUGGGCAGGGGCUGCCGCUGCAGUGCUGCACCCCCGCCCCCCAGGGAAGGCUGCUCCCCCCCAGGUCAGCCUCUCUCGCUGGGUGGGCGGUGGGUCUGCAAGGAAAACUAGACACUACGAUGAGUUCCUCACCUGUCUUCUCAUUCUUAGGUCGUAGGCAGCUGUCUCCUACCCCGAGGCUGCUGUAGCUUCUUUAUUUAUUCAGGGUGUUUUCGUAUCGGAAAGCCAAAGCCAAAGCCGUGGCUAAUCUGCUCUGGCUCUGGGUUUGCUUUGAGAUUGGUUUAUUUCUCAACAGUCAAGAAAGGAGAGGACUUGAUGGCUCUUUCUUUUGAACCCUCCAGGACAGGUACUCGCCCUUCCCUAGAGAGAAAUAUUAUAACGUCAAGGACAGGCUUCCAGCGAAGCCCGGCUUCUGCCCGCAGCCGCCCUGAGCAGCCUGCCUGGGGCUGAGCAGACGGGGAGCUUGCUGCUCUGCCCUCGGCCUGGGUGACAGGGCCGGGCCUGCGGAGGGAGUGUCAGACGCAGUUCACAAAGUGUCGUUGCUAACGGUGUGGCACUGGGACUGGGUUGUAAUAAAAUGUUAUUUAAUCUUUGUCUCUGUAUUUUGAUACUUGAAUGACUCCCCUUUUAUUUUGCUGUACAUAGAACUGUUCAUCUGUCUUUGUCUGAAUUACAAACCUCCUGUGGUACCAAACAUGACCGACCUGUGCAACAAGAUAGACUGACCUCACUACACGAGAGUGUAAAUAUUCCUGGGCUUUCAGCUUUGGUUUUGUUAUUUUCGUAACUGUACAACUUAGAACAUACUGAAUUAAUAAAUGAGAAGCGACAUGAAACCAG